GUUUUGAUAAAUCUCCCCCAUAGUGUUUUCAAUGUCUUUUCAUGGGAUCUCUACCAUAACAGAAACUGCUGUGAACAUGGACAGUCAACAAGCUCUAUGAUGGUUACGAGGCCAGAAGAAGCGCAACUAGCGCGAAACUUCGCCGGCAGUUGCCUCGCCUCAGAGUGCCCUGCUUCGUGUCUGAGAUCGGGUCGUCCGUCGUUGCCAGAGGAGUCGAGCUACUGCACCCCUGCGGAUCCCUCUUCGAAAAAUGCCAUCAAUUCGGGAGACCCUAAGAGCCAUGGGGGUAAAAGUUGCUGAUGUAUUUCCACAACUAAUGAUGACAGGAUCUGGAAAUCCUGAAAAUAGAACUGCACCAACAUGUCUUACCAACUAUUUGGAUACACAGUAUUUUGGUGAAAUAAGCAUUGGUUCACCUUCUCAAACUUUCAAGGUUGUGUUUGAUACUGGAUCUGCCAACUUGUGGGUGCCAUCCAGUCAUUGUUCCCCGCUGUACAGUGCCUGUGCAUCUCACAAUCAAUAUGACUCAUCUAAAUCUCGCACGUAUGUUGAGAAUGGAACAGGAUUCUCCAUACAAUAUGCAUCUGGAGGAGUAAGAGGUUUCCUAAGCCAAGAUGUUGUUUCUGUGGCAGGUAUUUCUGUUGUCCAGGUUUUUGCAGAAGCUACAGCACUACCCGCAUUUCCUUUUAUCUUUGCCCGCUUUGAUGGAGUAUUGGGAAUGGGAUUCCGAACGCAAGCAAUUGACAACAUUAUACCUGUCUUUGACCGAAUUCUGUCUCAGAAAGUCCUGCAGGAAGAUGUCUUCUCAGUGUAUUACAGCCGGGAUUCUCAUCUAAACCCCGGAGGUGAAAUUAUCUUUGGUGGAUCUGAUCCUAAUUAUUACACAGGAAGCUUUCAAUAUCUUAACCUUAAGAAGCAUGGAUUCUGGUAUAUUAACAUGAAAGGGGUGUCAGUUGGCGCAGAGGUCCUUUUCUGCAAAGAAGGAUGCACAGUGGCAAUAGACACGGGGGCAGCUUACAUCACUGGCCCUGCUGGUUCAAUAUCUGUCCUCAUGAAAGCAAUAGGAGCCGUUCAACAGCCUGAAGGCGAGUAUACCAUGGACUGUGAUAAAAUCUCCCAACUUCCUGACAUAUCCUUUCAUAUGGGAGGAAAUGAGUAUACACUAAAAGGGGAAGCAUACGUCCUGCGGCAAUUACAGUUUGGAGAGGAAGUCUGUUAUGUUGCAUUCUGCGGCCUUGAUAUCCCUCCUCCCACAGGACCACUUUGGAUCUUGGGCGCUACAUUCAUAGGACAGUAUUACACUGAAUUUGAUCGUCACAAUAAUCGCAUUGGAUUUGCUACAUCUCUCUGAAUGCAGUUUAUUAUUUUAAUCUCAAUAGCCACACAGACUUUAUCAUUUAUUUAAGCUUGUAGAUCAAUAUUGGCAUUAUUUUUUUUUUUGGUGUUUAUAUGACUAUUCAUUAUAGUGCAUUGUGUAUAUCCAGUUUUAGGGUCAAAGAUUGGCCAAGGGCUGCGUAGCCUCCAGUCUUCUUGAUGAUGAUGCCACAAGAUUUGCACACCUGUAUUAGGGGAUUUUCUGCCAUUUUUUUCUGGAGGUCCUCUUGUGUACGUUUACACGUACAGGAUCUGCUGCAUAUUUUGUGCAGCUGAUUUUGCUACCCAUUAACUUCA